AUGUAUAUUGAUGCAGAAGAAAACUUAAAGAGACUCGAGAGUAGUCUUGAUGGGUUAGAGCAGAAAAUGAGUUCAUUUACUCUCUCAUUUGAAACGGAAUUUACGAGAGAGCUUACUGCGAGUAGGGACAAGAUUGGAGGAGAAUCAACAUUGAAACAUAAUGUAGGGCAACGUCUGGAUGUGGACUAUUCAAUGCAACUUCAAUUAUGCGAAGAGCUCAAAAAAGUGAAGAAUUUGGUUGAUAGGUUAAUGUUCCUUAAUACAUUGGACAAAGAGGAUGGCGAAGAAAAGGAAAAUAUUGAUUUCUCUGAAAUAAUAAACAAUUAUGUCAAACUAAAGGUAUCUAUUAAUGAACUGAUCGAAAAUCUACAAUUGAAAGGAAAGUAUAUAAGAAUAAUUGAUGAUAUUGAGAAACAGCUCAAUACUUAUCAACAGACAAUUGAAAAGUUGAUCCAGCGGAAUUUAGAAAAUUAUCUUCAUUUUCAAAGCAAUUCUUCUGUUACCUAUACGGAUAAGGUUGGUAAUAUGAAAUUCAGUGAAUAUCUACAAGGAUGCCAUCGGUAUACAUUAAGUGACGAUCCAGAUGAAACAAGAUUAUUCAACUUCAGGAAAAUAUUUAACGGUUGGACAGAAGAGGUCCUAAACAAAAUUGAAAAUGGCUUCUCUGCUGGAGUAAUUGAAAAUGCAAAUAUGAGAAAAAUAAAUAUAAAUGUGGAGAUAGGUUCGAAGAUUGGAACCUUUAGUGACUACAUUAAAUCAGUGGAAAAUGUGAUAAGAUUUUUUAAUCGACUAGUUGAAUAUAACGGUACUACACGAUCAUACGACCCCUUAAAACAUUUGAGGUUCGUCGUAGGCAAAACCAUUCUACGCUCGUUGAAGAUGGAAAUAUUUUCAGAUAAGAACAUAUAUCCUCUAAUGUCGAGCUACUUAAAAGCCCAAACCGAUGAGCAUGGUGGAAAUGGAACACCAAAAGAAUUGCAGGGUAUAUCUGACUUACUUUCACAACCUGGUUGGUCCAGGGAUGGAAUGUGCGAAAUAGAAUUUUGGAUGGACGAUUUAAUUAGUACAUGGAUCAAUGAUUUAAUUAGUAAAGCAAUGAAUGAACAGAAGAACAUUGUAUUUAACGUGAUAAAUGGCAAGUACAAAGAAUAUUUUGAAGCCAAAAAUAUAAUACAAGAGACUAUAGAUGAAGAUCCAACUGUUGAAAAUGCCUCUGAAAGGAAUUCGAAUGAAAUAAAUAACGAAAUAAAGGAUGACAAGAAUGACGACUGGAACAAUGCUUGGGAUGAACAGGAUGAUGAUAAACAGCAAACAGAAAAAGCUACGGUAGUUAAUAAAAACAAGGAAGAAGAAGAAGAAGAAGAGGAUGGAUGGGAUGACUGGGGAGAUGAAGAAGAAGAUAAUUGGAUCAAUGAUACGAAGAAGGCGAGUAAUGCUGCAACAGCAAUUGGAAAAGUAUCAGAGUCUCAGAAGCCACUACAGGAACAGCUAGUGAAAUCAGAAUCCCGGGUGUUAUUAUAUAAAAGGACGAUUAUAGCUGAUAAAGUGUUGGAAGUGAUUGCAAACUAUUAUAAACAAUAUGCCGAUUUAGAGAAUGCAACCAAGGACAAAGGUCAACUAGAAGAUGCGUAUUCACAGUUCAGGAAUGGACUCAAAAAAUUGAUCACCUGCUAUUACAUGUUAGUGAGCGCCAACAUGCAACAUUGCUAUCCACGCCCUAUUUUAUUUUAUAACGAUUUGAAUUUUAUUAUUCAAGGGGUUAGUGUACAGUACAAGAUUGACUUGAGCACAUGUUUUGAUAUGAGCUAUCGAAUUGUGGAUGAAUUAAAUAUCGAGAAUACACAAAAAGCAUCAGAUAUUGUGGAUAAAUAUGCUUCAGAUUUAUUUGAAGGUGAAGCCACAGACGACGAAGAAAGAAGGCUGAAAAUGGAUGAAUUUGAGACAGAUCUCAAACAAACGCUAGGGGAAAUUCAAUCCAAACUUGACAUUACUAAGUCAGAUAAUUCAAAACUUGUGAACAGCAUCUAUUUGAAUAUCAUCAACACGUUAUUUGACAAGAUCAGCAACAAACUACUUUCCCGGGAUGAGAUUGGAUCAGAUGAAUGUGACUCACUUGGUGAGAUGAUAAACGACGUAAUAAAUAUGGCAAGCCUGCUACUAUCAGAUGGAUUUAUUGAUGUAAGAAAAGUACAGAGCUACCACAAACUUAAGCAAGUGAAACUGAUAAUAGUUUCAAACUUAAAGACAAUUCUUCAGGACUUUUAUGAUGCCAAGUUUUUCGAAUUAGAAACAGGAGAACUUAUCAAAAUUAUUAAAGCACUAUUCGUGGACAGCUCUAAAAGAAGGGAUGUGAUUGACAAAAUACACGCAGUUAGGGAUGUCACGGAUGUUGACGGUUAA